AUGUACUUAACCAAUCUUUUCUUCGAAGAUGAAAUACCUAAGGAGCCUAUUCCAUCAAAAGAACUCAGAAUAUGUGGAGGAAUAAGCAGUGGUGGCUUGGUUUGCUGUACCUCAGACAUGGAGGAUCGCUUACAUAUGAAUGCAAAAGAUAAACAUGAUAAAGCAACAAAACAGACUCUUCAAUGACUGCAAUACAUAUUACAUACAAGGGCCAUUAAGUUUCAUGACUUUUUCAACAAGUUACUGAAGACAAGCAAAAGAAGUUUCCACGAGAUGUUUAAGAAGACAUAUGGUAUUUUAUGCGAACAGAACGCAAAUGUUUUUACAGAUUUAUUUGAAAAACUAGAAACAUACUAUACAAAAUGCUGGGGAAAUUUAGAUGAAGUUGUGAAUACAUUCUUUAACACUCUUUAUCAAAAAAUGUUUACUGUUUUGAAUAGUCAGUACAAAUUUGAUAAUAAGUACCUUGAAUGUGUGGGCCAGCAUAUGAAGGAAAUGAAACCAUUCGGUGAUAUUCCUCAGAAACUAGGAGUACCAAUAAGGCGCUCAUUUAUAGCUACUAGAGCCUUUAGUCAAGCUCUUCAGGUUUCGUCAAAAGUAUUUAAAAAAAUGCAACAGCUGAAAGCUACAGAUGAGUAUGAGUGUUCUGCUGCUCUCACGUGAAUGACGUUAUGUCCAUCAUGCAGCGGUAUUAACGAAAAAGUACUUGCUUGCAAUAAUAUGUGUGAAAAUGUAAUGAAAGGUUGUCUAACACAACACGCUGCAUUAGAUUCUGACUGGAAUCAAUUCGUUGAAGCUGUAGACAAAAUAGCAGAAAAAUUACUUGGACCAUUUAACAUUGAACAUAUGGUCCUUCGAUCAUUGCGGACUGACUAA